CGGGCCCGGACCCCAUGCAAGCUAGUUUGUCUGCACUGCCAGGAGCUUCCCUGGUUUGGCUCAGGCCUACUCCGGGCCUGCCGCGCGGAGUGCCCGGCUACAUUGAUAGAUGCUGUUGGAGCUGACGGUACCGGAGAGUGCGGGCCCCCUGCUGCAGCGCUGCGCCCCCCGCAUCCAGAGACUUUUCCGGGUGCGGCUCCGCCUGCGACAUCCCAGUCAGUCGGACCAGCACUGCCGCAUAGUGUGCAUCGAGCUGGGCGAUGAGGAGCAACGCAGGAAGGCCCUGGAGUACAUCAAGUCUGUGUGUGUACCUGAACACACCAAACGAGAGAACCUCACCCCAGAGCUGAGGAAAGUCUUGCUCAGCAUUCGGGAUGCUAUUGAAUAUGAGUCUCUAGCAGUUUUGAAAGUGAAAGAGAAAAGCUUUGAAAUCUCUGGCCGCCAGCCAAACGUGAUGACUGCCUGGUCCAUGGUUAAGAAGCUGGGAAUGGAUAAGAAGAGGCCCUCUACAGAGGAGAGGGCAGCUGCAAAUGAAAUGCAGUACUCACAAGACCUGGGAGAUUGCAGUGGUGAAUCGGAUGAAUGGACCAGUUCAGAGAGUGAGGCAGAGCAACAAGGAGGGAAAAGUGGACUUAGAGGUUAUGUCAAUACCCUUUUUCAAGGUAUGGAUAUCUCUAACAAACCACAUAGACAGCUCUGCAGAUCUCCAUGUUUGGAUCGACCAAGCUUCUCUCAGAGCAGCAUCCAAGUCCCUAUUGACCACCAACAUAAAUUUGAUGAAGCUAAGAACAACCUUGAAAAAGAAUACCAAGCAAAAAUGGAAUUUGCCUUGAAAUUAGGCUAUACUGGGGAACAAAUUCAAGCGGUACUCAACAAGCUAGGAGCUGACGCUCUUAUCAAUGAUAUACUGGCUGAGCUAGUGAGACUGGGUAACAAGGGAGAGUCAGAAGCGCAGAGCAGUGCAAGUAAUUCUGGUGGCAACUUGGUACCCAGAGGUCCAUGUCCAAAGGAGAUCGCAAGCCCUGAACUAUCUUUGGAGGAUGAAGUAGUAGAUAAUACAGAAAACCUCAGGCCUAUUGUUAUUGAUGGAAGCAAUGUAGCAAUGAGCCAUGGUAAUAAAGAGGUCUUCUCCUGCCGUGGGAUACAAUUAGCUGUUGAGUGGUUCUUGGAAAAAGGCCAUAAGGACAUCACUGUGUUUGUGCCGGCCUGGAGGAAGGAACAGUCCCGCCCAGAUGCUCCGAUCACAGAUCAGGAGGUCUUACGGAAGCUGGAAAAGGAAAAGAUUCUUGUCUUCACACCAUCUCGAAGGGUGCAGGGUAGGAGAGUAGUUUGUUACGAUGACCGUUUCAUAGUCAAGCUAGCUUUUGAUUCUGAUGGCAUCAUUGUGUCAAAUGACAACUACAGAGAUCUGCAGAAUGAGAAGCCAGAGUGGAAGAAAUUCAUAGAGGAACGACUCCUCAUGUACUCGUUUGUCAAUGAUAAGUUCAUGCCUCCAGAUGAUCCCCUGGGUAGACAUGGCCCGAGCCUGGAAAACUUCUUGAGAAAAAAGCCAGUUAUUCCUGAGCAUAAAAAACAGCCAUGUCCUUAUGGCAAGAAAUGUACAUAUGGGCACAAGUGUAAAUACUAUCACCCUGAGCGAGCAAAUCAGCCUUUGAGAUCAGUAGCAGAUGAACUAAGAAUUAGUGCAAAACUUUCUGCAGUCAAGACAAUGAGUGAGGGUGCUCUAGUGAAAUGUGGUACAGGGCCUUCCUCCUCUAAAGGAGAGGGGAGCAUUGAAACAAAACGCAUUGCUCCCAAGAGGCAGUCAGACCCCAGCAUUCGCUCUGCAGCUAUUGAACCAGAGCAAAGGCUUUCAGCAGCUCGAAAAUCAGAGGCCAACUCUGUGCCAUCUCUGGUGUCUGCCCUUAGUGUGCCAACCCUUCCUCCUCCUAAGAACCAUGCAGUAAGUGCCCUCAACACACGGUCUGCUAGCAGCCCAGUGCCUGGUUCAUCACAGUUCUCUCACCAGAAGUCUUCUUUAGAGCACAUGACAAGUGUUCACUAUCCUCCAAUUUUGGUGACCAAUAGCCAUGGAAAUUCUGUGAGCUACACAGAGGAGUAUCCAAAAUAUGAGUCUCUGGGAGACCACGGUUACUACUCUAUGUUGAGUGACUUUUCAAACCUGAGCAUUAGUAGUAUGCACAACUCAGAUUAUUACAGUUCAGAACAGGAUAGAGCAUCAUACUCCAGGAACUCCAGCCCCUGUCCAGACAGCUGCAUGAGUCACACCAGCGGUGACUCAUAUUCCUCCUAUAGUGACUUGUACAUGGCUAUUUCUGAUCCAGGUCCUGAAGAUAACAUGAAGCCUCAAAGACCUCCCCCACAGAAUCGAUUGCAGCCAUUCAUUCAUGGCUACCACGAGGCUCUAACUAGAGUCCAGAGCUAUGGACAGGAGGAACCCAUACAGCCUCCUCGUAAACAGUCUUCUUCAUCACACCUGGCUUUGCACAUUCAGCACCCACUUGUAGGAGCAAGAUCCAGCUGCCCAGGAGAUUACCCAGGACAAGAGAACAUGCACCCAGCUGCUAAUGCCCAACCUGGAAGAGCAUUGGUGAUGACUAGAAUGGAUAGUAUAUCAGACUCUCGUCUCUACGAGAGCAACCCUAUGCGGCAAAGAAGGCCACCACUGUGCCGUGAACAACAUGCCAGCUGGGAUCCCUUGCCAUGCCCCACAGAUUCCUACAACUACCACUCUUACCCUUUAAGCAACAGCUUGAUGCAGCCCUGCUAUGAACCUGUCAUGGUAAGGAGUAUGCCUGAGAAGAUGGAGCAACUCUGGAGGUCACCUCAUUGGCCAGUCAUGUCCAGUGAAAUUAGAGAACAACACAUAAUCCCAGAGCAUCAGUAUCAAACCUAUAAAAACCUUUGCAACAUCUUUCCUCCAGGUGUGGUACUCUCCGUUAUGGAGAAAAAUCCACACUUAACGGACGCCCAGCAACUUGCAGCUCUUAUAGUUUCUAGGUUAAGAUCAGGCCAUCAACAACAAUGCUAAUCAGCACAAUUAAUGUCUGGACAAUAGUAUCUAUUGAUCGUGUUGCCUGAAUGAAAACUGGCAUCAUUUACUGCACACAUUUUCACAUUUUGAUGUCCUAUUACAGCAGAUUUCUGCCAGAGUUGAAACUACAUGAACACAGCAGACUUUUAUUUAUUUUUAAAGUUUCAGAUGAUUUUAAAGGCAUUCCUGGAGGAGUGCAUAUUUUAUGGUGUAUGUAUAUAUCCCCGCUAAACCUGCAUGGCAGGUUAAUCACAGAGUUUCCUUAAGUCCUGCUCCUACUCUUAAAUGCAGAUGAUGGACAGGGUGUUUUAAUCUCUCAGAUGCUGCAGCACAUCAUUACAGUACAGGAGUUGCUUGCAUUUUGUUGUGUUAAGUCUCUCCAGCUGUGAAUAGAGGAGCUUAUUCAUAUUGUUAGCAAUUAUAUUGCAUGCUUAAUUAUGUAUUUGCAGUUAAAAUAUGUAUAAAUGUAUGUGUACAUAUGUUUAUAUACAUAUUUAUAUAUGUGUGAAAUAUGUGUAUAUUUUUAGUUGUUUU